AUGAAGUUCGGCCAGAAUCUCCCGCGCAAUCAGGUCCCCGAAUGGGCCGCCUCGUACAUCGACUACAAAGCUUUGAAGAAAUUGAUCAAAGCCGCCGCAGCCGAGAGCGAGAGGGAUGGAGACGAGCCAGAUCUGGCCGGUACGGUGAGCCUGCCUUCAGGGCACAUUCGAUAACCUAACCGUCCUGCAGAGUUCUUCUACACUCUUGAUCGCCAGCUCGAGGAUGUCGACACCUUCUACAGCCGCAAGUACGCCGAGUUCUCCCGUCGCUUGCGACUCCUGUUCGAUCGCUAUGGCCUGGCCUCGAAGCUCAAAGAUGGCAUGGACCGAGACGACAUGGACGACCUCAUGGGCGCCCUGCUCGAGCUCCGAGGGCUGUAUCGCAAGCUCCAAUGGUACGGAGAGGUCAACAGGAGGGGCUUCGUCAAGAUUACAAAGAAGUUGGACAAGAAGAUCGCUUCCUCGACAACGCAGAGCAGAUAUCUCGCGACCAAGGUCGAUCCAAAACCCUUCGCAACCAACAACAAGCUGUCAUUGGACAUGCGAGCCAUCAACGAUUGGCUCUCACAGCUGAGCGAAGUCAAGGUCGUCGACGAUGCCAGCUCGGUGCAUUCUGGCAGCUCCGGAUCGAUACAUCGUAUGGGGUCAAGGACCACGUUGAAGAUCUCCUCCGCGGCAUUGGAGGCCAUGGAACAGUGUGUGAAGGAAGAGGACACAGCGAAGCUCUUUGAGCAGGUGACAGCUGCUGUACCAAAGGAGAGCGCGCAAAAAGGCCUCUUGUUGGACUUGCUUCAGCGAGCCAUUGCGUUCAAGGCAUUCAAGUCGACUAAAGCUAUCCUGAACAAAGUGCCGUCGAUCGAUCCGGACGAUGAUCUCAACAAGCGCAACUGCUUGCACAAGCUCAUCAUUGGUACCGGACGUUCAAGAGCUUCACGACAUUCCGGUGGAGUGCAAGAAUUCUCAAAGUCUACGGCGUUCAUUAAUGCAGCCGAGCCACCAGUCCGCGCACCUGGAGCCUUCAAAGUCGAGGAGCGGGACCCCGAUCAUGAUGUUGGUCGAGACGUCGACGCUGAGAACCUCCUCAGCUUUGUUCUGGAUCAUCUGGAGCCCAGUCAGCGACAGGGCAUCCUCAGUAAGGACAUAUACGGGCGGAUACCGCUUCACUAUGCUGCUCAGUAUGGACUCGUCUUUGCGAGUCAAAUGCUCAUGAAACACAUGCAGAUGUGGCACCUUUUUGACGUCUCGGAUGGGAUUGAUUCGGCUGCUUGGCAGGACGAUGAGGGCUACGCUCCACUUCAUCUGGCUGUCAUUGCUGGACAUUAUCGUACUUCGAAGGCUCUGCUGCUUGUCGACGACUGGCAUAACUUCACUGACCAUCGCUUGACCAGCAAGCAUGUUGAGAAGAGUGGGCUGUCUCUCGCAUUGGCCACCAAGUCGAACUACCACAAGAUUGUCAAGCUUCUCGUCGAUGCUGGCGUCGAUGUCAACUUCCCGGAUGAGCAACGCGAGACUGCGCUACACGUGGCCGCAAGAUUCGGUCACGUAGAGUGUGCUCAGGCGCUGCUAGCGGGCAAGGAUGGCGAGCACCGGAUCGACAUCGAAAUUGCCGAGAAGACAUACGGAUGGACGCCGCUGUUCAUUGCUUCUGUCAACGGACACGAGCCAAUCGUGAAGCUCUUGGUCGAUGCGGGAGCACAGAUUAACAAGCUCGAUUCCUCUCAGUGGACACCACAGGAACACGCAGCUCUGCGAGGGCAUAUCGAGGUUGCCAGGUACCUUGCACGUUUCACACCUCCACCUAGUGUUCACACUAGUCCGGACAUCGCUGCCCAGGCAGCUGGGUCACCGCCUUUGUCGUCGUUGGAAGACCGACGGUCGAAUGGUGUGCCCAAAGAAGAGCUCAGGGCUCGUGUGCCCGAGCCGGUCAAGUCUUUUGGCCAUCGAUAUCUCACUGAUGAGUCCAUGGUCUUGGUCAGUCUGGGCACCCUUGACGAAGGAAAGGACCUUGCGCCGAUCAGUCUCGAGAAUAUUUCCAUCAAUGAUGCACAUGCCACACAGCUGGAUACUGCUCUGUCCUUGGUGGUCUCGGCCCAGGGCGCGAGUGGAGAGCCAACCGUGAUUGAUCUGCCAAUCCAGGAGGAGAUCAGUACCUCGCCAAUGACCUUCAUGACCAAGGACAUCUCCAAGGUCAAGAUCAUGUUCGAUUUGGUCCCUACUUACUCUGGAUCCACGCAAAAGCGCAUCGCUCGAGCAGUCGCGCUGCUCUCGAGCAUCAAACCAGGCGUUGGCAACAAGCGUUCUAGCUUGCAGACAGACCUGAGUGUCCCUCUCUUAGCAGGAUCUGAUUUCGACAUUAUCGGAUCUGUCAACUUCAAUUUCCUCGUGAUCACGCCGUUCACACAUCCGAACUUGGACAUCAGCGAAGAGAAGACAUACUGGACCAAGUCUUCCACCAUGGUUAUUGGCCAUCGCGGGCUGGGCAAGAAUAUGGCCAACAACACGUCCCUUCAACUUGGAGAGAAUACCAUUCAGUCAUUUAUCACGGCUGCUAACCUGGGCGCUUCCUAUGUUGAGUUCGACGUGCAAAUGACCAAGGAUCAUGUGCCAGUGAUCUAUCACGACUUCUUGGUCAGCGAAACCGGCGCAGACGUUCCGGUGCACACCCUUACACUCGAGCAAUUCCUAGCACUCAGCGAGACACCCAAGCCAACACGACCCUCUUCGCCUCAAAACAAUGAAGCGAAGCCUCGCAAAGGCGAGAACGGCGACCGAGGUCGUCUACAACGAUCGUACUCCGUCGGCGCCCCCACUCCUGGCGUCGACAAUCUCAACGAGCGCAUCAAGCACACUCGCGACUACAAGAUCAAAGGCUUCAAAGGCAACAGCCGCAACUUCAUCCAGCAGCCUUUCACCACUCUGGAGGAAAUGUUCCGCACGAUUCCCGAUGAAGUCGGCUUCAACAUCGAGAUGAAGUAUCCGAUGCUGUUCGAAACCGUGCAGGAAGACAUGGACACGUACGCUGUGGAGAUGAAUUCUUUCCUCGAUACGGUGCUGAAGCUGGUCUAUGAGAGGCGCAAGAAGAGGAACAUUGUGUUUUCGUCCUUUCAUCCGGACAUCUGCCUGCUGUUGACGUUCAAGCAGCCUAGCAUCCCGGUGCUCUUCCUCACGGAUGCGGGCGUCUCGCCCGUUGGGGAUAUCAGGGCCUCAUCGCUACAGGAGGCCAUUCGAUUCGCCAGCCGAUGGAGUCUGCUGGGCAUCGUCAGCGCCGCGGAGCCCUUUGUGCUCUGUCCUCGCUUGAUCAACGUGGUGCAGUCGAGUGGUCUCGUCUGCGUGAGCUACGGCACCCUGAACAACGAUCCGCACAACAGCAAUCUUCAAGCUCGAGCUGGCAUCGAUGCGGUGAUUGUCGAUAGCGUGGCGCGAGUGCGCAAGGGGUUGACGGAGAAGGAGAAGGAAAAGGAAAAGGAAGGUGGCCAGGAAGGAGUCGCCGACGUGGAAGAUGCGAACACGGGCCUUGCGAAGCACGUCGGCGAGGAUCUGACGCUAAACUAG